AUGAAUUUGUUCUAUUCAUACCAAGAACAGCUAGGAAUUGUUUCUCUCCUUUAUGGCAGGAAAUUAAAGCAAAGGUAUCUUUUGUACGUAUAACCCGUGAAGCAAAGGUGACUUUCUCCUUUUGCAACUUCUACGAAUCUACGAACAUAUAAAGGGAGCCAACCAGGUAGCAAGGUGAGAAAUACUCCAGGAGGGAAGGCUCUAGCCGCUCUACACCAUACCGGCCUAUUCCUGUUGGAGAAGUCCAACCAACGAAGCAGUUCGUCUCCACAAGGAGCAGAAAGCUAAUCUAUCAGGUUCACGCUUCUUGUUCCAAUUGUAGCUUUCCCCAUGGGUUCCAAGAAGAAUGAUGCACCGACCUGGGCGGAGCAGUGGGGCUCCGGCGGGGACGAAAAAGACACCGGCGGCAGCGGUGGAAACCUGAACGGCGAGAAGAAGACUGUCACCGGCAAUGUGAAGGCUGCAGCCUCCGAGACCUACGUCAAGGCGAAGGCGGCCUCGCUGGUUGGAGCGCAGAAGGUCAAGUCUGGGACUAGCAGCGGCAUCAAGUGGGUCAAGGAACAGUACCAAAAGAGGGUUUCCAAGUGAGCUCACAAUUAUUAUGACCAUCUAGUCAUAUCUUAGCAGUAUUGGUCACAGCAGCAAAGGUAUAAGGUUAUCUGGAAAACGUUGCUGAUCUUUUACCGGUUAACGCCAGAGAUGUGCCUCUAGCGUGCAACAACUUGCUAGGUUUCUCCAUUAUGAACGUUGAAGUUAUUAUGUGCUUUAGUGAGAAGACAAGUUUGGAUUUGAUAUCUUGUGUCAUCUUGCUUUUGUUGGGAUUUGUUAUUUGUAUGGCGAUGAAGAUAGUAUUAUUUCCAA